CCAACAAACAAUGGUGUGUAUGGUUGACCAGCCCAAGUAAAGAAUAGAAGAUUAAAAUUAUCAGUUGCUGAAACCAUAUUGUGACAUGUCAUGCUCUCAUAGGAUGUUGAAGUCAUAUGCGGGACCCUAUCAUAUCCACCUAAAAAAAUCUUCACACGUGGCCUUGUUAAGUAUACCCCACGGUAUCAUUACUCAACCAACAGCAACAAAGUAACAGAUUUGUGGAUACACCAUCAAAGAUAAAAGGAUAAGGUCCAAUGACUCUCAUUGGCUAAUCCAAAACCCACAAACGCAUCUCCACCGUUGGAUCUCAAAAAUCACACAAUCCAACCGUCCAAUUUCAAUAGACAACAACCACCACAGAUAUGUCAUGUUAUGAAAUUUACAAAAGCCAUGCACGAACAUAGACUUUCUCAUUUACCACUCCUACUGCUGCUACCACCACCACCAUCAUUCUAGCUCAAAAAUCCAUUUCAAUAUCGUAUUCCGGCCGGGAAAAAGGAUGGCGACCGUCACCACGCAAGCCUCGGCUGCUGUUUUCCGGCCAUGUGCUUCAAGAUCAAGAUUCCUAUCUGGCUCUUCUAGUAAAUUAAACAGACAAGUGUCCAUUAGGCCAGCAGUGAUGACUAAUUCAUCUUCUACUUCCCUUAAGGUUGAGGCCAAAAAGGGUGAGUGGUUACCAGGCUUGACAUCUCCAGCUUACCUCAAUGGAAGUCUUCCUGGUGACAAUGGAUUUGAUCCAUUAGGACUAGCUGAGGACCCAGAGAACCUUAAAUGGUUUGUCCAAGCAGAGUUGGUUAAUGGUCGUUGGGCAAUGUUGGGAGUGGCAGGAAUGCUCUUGCCAGAAGUGUUCACCAGUAUUGGAAUUCUUAAUGUUCCUAAAUGGUAUGAUGCUGGAAAAGAAGAGUACUUCGCUUCUUCUUCGACCCUUUUCGUGAUCGAGUUCAUUUUGUUCCACUAUGUUGAGAUUAGAAGGUGGCAAGACAUCAAGAACCCAGGAAGUGUCAACCAAGAUCCCAUCUUUAAGCAAUACAGCUUACCCCCAAAUGAGGUUGGAUACCCUGGUGGCAUCUUCAACCCCCUCAACUUUGCUCCAACUGAAGAAGCCAAGGAGAAAGAGCUUGCCAAUGGUAGAUUGGCUAUGUUGGCAUUCUUGGGAUUCAUUGUUCAGCACAACGUGACAGGAAAAGGGCCAUUCGACAACCUCUUGCAGCACCUGUCUGACCCAUGGCACAACACCAUUGUCCAAACACUAAGUGGCAACUAAGAUCAUAUCUAAGAUAGAUUUGAUCAAAACCUGUUUCAUUUGUUUUAUAAGAGUGAAUGAAUGUUUUUGUGGUGAGACUUGAACCUUAAUGUAGACAAGGAUUUUUACCAUUGUACAGGGGGCACUUAAAUGGCAUCGUAAUUAUUAUUAUUAUCACUUCAAUUACAUCACUAUCUACAAUUAAAAUAUAUGUUUUACAAACCAACAAAUUAUUCUGUAACACUUCCUAAACCCUAAUCAAAUUCUUGUGUUUGCUUA